UUCACGCCCACUUUGAAACCUUCGAAUUAAACGUCCUUGAAAAUAUAGCGAAUGUUUAGAAUAUAAUAAUAUUUGGCGAGUGUUAUACGUAAAUGAACUAAUAAUUUUCGUUUUAUUUACUAUGUUCGGUGACACCCAAGCAGAAAGCGGGGCCCAGCCGGCGGCAGUGCUGGACGGCCUCCCGAGGGCCCACGCGGAGCCCGUGGACACGAUGAUAGCUGUGGCGGUGGGCGCCCUGGCCGCCGUGUUCGUGGGCGCCCUGAUCCUGCUGCUGCUGCUGUGCCAUCGCUACAAGCUAGCCAGCUCCAUGCUGGGCUGGGGCUACAGCCACGUCCAGCAGGAGGGGCGGGCGGCCCCCGAGGUGGAGCUGGGCGAGGUGUGUCUCCACCCGGACCUGGAGGGCGUGCUGGCCGACCAGGAGUGGCUGUGCGACGCCACGGGCCUCAUCCCGCACUGCCUGGACGUGCUGAAGCUGUGCCACCGGCUCGCCAACGGUCUGCUGCAUCUGGCGCGGGGCGGCCUGGCCAGCCCGCGCGCCGAGCGCGAGAUAGUCGAGGUGACGAGGCGCAUCACCCCGCGCGUCGACGACAUGAUCAACAGCAUGUACCCGCCGCUGGACGCGCGGCUGCUGGAGGCGCGCACGGCCGCGCUCAUCCUGGCCGUCACGCACCUGGCCUUCGUGACGCGCCAGGCGGUGAGCGGCCGCGCCGACUGGAUCGACGACUGCCUCGCCCGCAUGGAGCGCCACCUGCUGGCGCUGAGGGAGGCGGCCCUCACCCAGGAGGCGGCCUGCAGGAUCCAGAAGAUCAUUGACCACUAGCUGGCACUGAGCUCGGAGUGUACUCGUCUUCCAUGUUUCCUUUUACUCAAACAGCUCACCCACUGGACCAGGAUUAUUAACCAUUAAAAAGUCUUAUUGUCACAGUUAUUUCCAGCUACCUCAUAAAUUAUAGAUAGGACAUGAAUUGAUAAUUCAUUAUUACAUACUUUGUUUCCUAACACUUUUCAUAGAAAUUUAUUCUUACAAUUGAACUUAUAAAUUAGAAAUUACAUGGAUUUUUGAAGUUAAAACUAAAAUUUAGCUGUAAAAAAAGGUGUGACAUAUUAUGGCUUCUUUCAUUCUCAGUUUCGAGUUAUAACUUUAUAUAUCUAUGGUGGAGAUGAUAAAAUGAAAAGUUUUGUUAGCAUUUUAAAGAAUUUCCUGUGAAUGUUUUUUGCGAUGCGGAUGAUUGAUUUAAAAUGUUUUUUUGACAUACUUAAUUGCUGGUUACACUGUGUGUCAUAAGAAACAACUAUAAUUACCAAAAAUAUGAAUAUGCAAGCACACAGAAAACAAUUCAAAACCUGCCAAAGUUAAUUGCGUGGAAAUUAAUUGCCCAGAAAAUUUGUGUGUAAGGAAAUAGUAAAAAAAUGUUUACAUCAAAGACAAACACAGGGAACUGACAACGAUGAGGCAUGUCCAACAAGAACAGUAAAUAAAGACAGACGAUGACUUUGAACAAAACACAACAAAUAAUUGACAGAGAUGCGCCGGCAAACUCGGCGAAGUGACAAAACAUACAUUCUGGACACCACAAUGACGACAGUACAGACAUAGUGGACUGUCUGAGGACACGAACAGAGCUCAGUUCUCAUAGCAUCGCAACUGUUUUGUUUUAGCAUGCUUGCAGACUAUUAACUGCUAAUGGGUAAUGGAUAAUCUUUAUAAUAUUUCUGAAACAGAAUAUAUAUGUAUAUUAUAUUAU